AUGAAUCUUCGUGAACAAAUCGUAUCUCAAUGUGUUUGGAGUGAGACGUACAGUUCGUUAAAACACAUCCUUAAGCGAACGUCCAAUCAACUCCCGUUGCUGGUAUCGUUUUGCAAUACGGAUGAUUCGGAUGAGACAGGUAAUGAAGAUUAUGCCAGUCAAUCGAUCUUAUUCUUUGAUCGUAUGGUUUCAACUAAAAUGUUACUUUCACCUUUGAGACCAUCAGAAAAACAUGAUAAUCAAUUCGAAAUUUAUCCGCGUCAUUGUACAUUUGCGACCACUGAUUUGUAUAAAGGUCUAUUUGAAUUUAUUCUUAACGGUCAGCGAUGCAGUAAAAUCUUUUCCAAUCUUCAACAAUUAAUCGAGUUUGCCAGUCAAAGAAAAUGUUUGACCGUGUUUAUGUCCCGCGAUCGCACCCAUGCUUAUUACCUUGAACCGAAUGCGUCUACAUGGUUGACGAAGAAAUACUCUCCAGGAGCUUUUUUCCAUGGCCAACGUAUUCAUCGUCCGGCUGACGCUCAUCAGAAUAUGAAUAAUGAUUAUUUAGAAUGUUUGGAUGAAAAAGGUUUCAGUGUGUUUCUACAAAUGACUCAUCCCGGUCGAUAUUCUCUCAUUGCUACAUCGCCCGAACAGCAAGUUGAUCAACCGGAAAUCUACCUUCAUUCCACUCAAACCGCAAAUAUCGGACAAUUGAUUAAACAAAUAACGUUACAAAACAAUGAUAAUAACAAUUGUAUUCGCCUAGUUCGUGGCUUUGUCCCGCACAAUUUUCACUGUCAACAUUUCCAGUUUGUGCGUCAACAUACGCACGAUGUGCUAGUUGGUCUAACCGAAGAAAAUCUCGUUGUCGAAUGGAACCUCGAAAGUCAUGCACCAUGUCGAUAUGCGACAAAUCUAAAUGAAAUUCUCAGUAAAUUGUCAGGUACAUGGGAUGAGCAGUUGUUAGAAACGUAUAUCGAUCAAGCACGAACGAAUUAUCGCAAAAAUUUUCAGCAUGAUAUGCAGUUGAUCUCCUCAAGAGAUUGGACAGGGUUUUUUCAAUACUGGAAAUGGACAGGCGAAUUCAGUGAGACAGAAAAGCAAGAGAAGAGUAUACCUUACCAGAGUCGACAUCGAUUUCAUUUGGUUGCAUCGUUGCAGGAUCUCUCGGCUGAUCCUCAGACACUGAUUGGGGAAUUUCACAAGCAAAGAAGUCAGCAACGUCGAGCAAGUUCUCAAUCUCUACUUGACACUCAACCACCAAAAUCAAUAUCCACACCGUUGACCAACAAACGAAUUUUCCUUUCCGAAAUGUCCAAACUUCUUUCCACUACACAUCGACACAAACGAGAACGUAUGUCUUUACCGAACCCUAAACCGGCCACACUCUUGGUAACCAAUAGUGACCGACCAUUCGAUAACAGUAUUUAUGAUUCCAAUCAACAAAUAAAUCAUAUAAGACAUAAUUCAAGACGCACACAAUGA